CCUCCCUCUCAUUCAAUCUCACUCAUUCUCUCUUAAAAGUGCUAUCUCUCACGUGAUAUUUUGAAACAUCAGUUUAAAUACAUUGAGUAGAUUAUUGCUAUAAAUUACUGUAAAAACAUCGACAGAUUAUUAUUUCCAUUUGGUAUUUGAAGAUGAAGUCCGCUAUUAUUUUCCUCGCAUGCGUCGCUUUCGCGGUUGCUGCACCAUUCCUUGACAACAGUCUUGAUGAAACAUGGAAACAAUACAAGAGCUUAUAUGGAAAAUCUUACGAAGAUGUAAAUUCUGAGGUUAUUCGACGUGUCAUUUGGGAGAGGAAUCUUCAAUAUGUGAAACAACACAACAUGAAAGCUGAUAUGGGCAUCCACACUUAUUGGCUGGGAAUGAAUGAAUAUGCUGAUAUGACCAACAGUGAGUUCGUGCAAAUGAUGAAUGGACUGAAACCAAGAAAUGCUAGCGUCUACACGCCAAACAUGGUAUACACUGAUGAAGAAUCCGAAGAUUUACCUGAUACUGUCGACUGGAGAGGUAAAGGCUACGUCACAGAAGUGAAAAACCAGGCUCAAUGUGGUUCUUGCUGGGCAUUCUCUACAACUGGUUCUCUGGAAGGACAAACAUUUAAGAAAACUGGAAAACUGGUUUCUCUCUCAGAACAAAACUUGGUUGAUUGUUCCGGAUCAUUCGGAAACAACGGUUGUGAAGGAGGACUUAUGGACAGCGCAUUCAAAUACAUCAAGAAAUUCGGUAUUGAUUCUGAAUCAUCUUACCCAUAUGAAGCAACAGACGACACAUGCCGAUACAAGAAAAGUGAUGUAGUUGCUACAGACACCGGCUACGUCGAUGUGAAAUCCAUGAGCGAGGAUUCCCUAAAAAGUGCAGUUGCCAAAGUUGGACCCAUCUCUGUAGCUAUCGAUGCUGGUCACUCGUCAUUCCAGCUCUACAAACGCGGUGUUUACAAGGAAGAGAGUUGCAGCUCCACAGCCCUUGACCAUGGUGUACUUGCUGUUGGUUAUGGUACUGACGAUGGUCAGGAUUAUUGGAUCGUGAAAAACAGGUGAGAAUGUUUUCAAAUUU